CUGGCUUCUUGUGGCAUCCUGAUGACCAGAAUUUGUCCUUUGCAAAAACCUGUGAUGAGCCCUACCUUUCCAAGAACUUUCUUCAACAUUGCUGCACCACUAGUAAAUAAGAGAAAGGAAUAUUCUGAAAGAAGAAUUAUAGGGUAUUCUAUGCAGGAAAUGUAUGAAGUUGUUGCUGUUGUGGAGAAUUACAAACUAUUUGUCCCUUGGUGUAAAAAGUCAGAUAUAUUAUCAAAGCGCUCUGGAUACUGCAAAGCACAGCUAGAAAUAGGAUUCCCUCCUGUCCUGGAGAGGUAUACGUCGGUUGUUACUCUAGUGAGACCACAUUUAGUUAAGGCAUCCUGUACAGAUGGAAAACUAUUUAAUCACUUGGAAACAGUGUGGCGUUUCAGCCCAGGCAUCCCCGGUUACCCAAGGACAUGCACACUGGAUUUUUCAGUUUCUUUUGAAUUUCGUUCACUUCUACACUCGAAACUCGCUACGCUGUUUUUCGAUGAAGUGGUAAAGCAGAUGGUAGUUGCUUUCGAAAGAAGAGCAUCCAAAGUCCAUGGCCCAGAAACAAGCAUACCUCGGGAGCUAAUGCUGCACGAAGUCCAUCAGACAUAG